GCGCGCACCGCCCGGAACUGCCGCCCGCGGCCCGCGCUGCGUGGGGGGACUGCGGUGGUGGCGGACCUGCCUGGGCGCCUUCCUCCUCCUACUUCUUCUCCUCCUCCUCCUCCUCCUCGUUCUCGUCUCCGGCCAUGAGACUGGGGGAGAUCCCAAAGACUGGAGAAAGGCAAAUCUUGUCUUCAUAAAGGGCAAGAAGGACAAGCAAGAGAACUACAGACUGGUCAGCCUCAUUCCUUCCUGCUGUGGAAGGAUCGUGGAGGAAGCCAUUUGUGGCAUAAGGAGGUAAAAACUGGACACAACAAUGGCUGCUACAGUGAACUUGGAGCUGGAUCCCAUUUUUCUGAAAGCCCUGGGCUUUUUGCACUCAAAGAGUAAGGACUCUGCUGAAAAGCUGAAAGCACUUCUUGACGAGUCGUUGGCCAGGGGAACUGACUCCAGCUAUCGUCCCUCUCAGAAGGAAGUAGAGCAACCAAAAGUAUCUGUCACCAAACCCAUAAAGCAAGAGCCUAAAGCUUCAUCGAGUUUGCCUUCUGGCAACAACAAUGGCAAGCCCACUGCAUCAGAAAAGGUGAAAAAAGAAACAGAAAAGAGAUCUGCAGAUAAAAUGAAAGGGGAUCCCGCUGAAGGAGCUGAUGCACCAAAGAAGCCCAGGGUAGAGAAGCAAGAGGCUCGUUCCUCUCCUAUUACAGUUCAGACAAGCAAGGAUUUAUCCAUGCCUGAUUUAUCUAGCUUUGAGGAAACCAGUGCUGAUGACUUUGCUAUGGAAAUGGGAUUAGCCUGUGUUGUUUGCAGGCAAAUGACAGUUACUUUUGUGAAUCAGCUAGUGGAGUGUCAGGAGUGCCAUAAUCUCUACCACCAGGAUUGCCAUAAACCUCAGGUGACAGACAAGGAAGUGAAUGAUCCUCGACUUGUCUGGUAUUGUGCCCGCUGUACCAGGCAGAUGAAGAGAAUGGCUCAGAAGACACAAAAACCACCUCAAAAACCAGCUCCUGCAGUGGUUUCAGUUGCACCAGCUUUGAAGGAUCCAUUGGUCAAGAAACCAGAAAUCAAGUUAAAACCUGAGACCCCACCAGCUUUUCUGGCAUUCAAGAGAACAGAAGUCAAGACCUCAGCAGCAGUUUCGGGGAACUCUGCCAGUACAAGCGUUUCCUCUUCAGCAACGAGUGGCCUUACAGGAUGGGCUGCUUUUGCAGCCAAAACCUCCUCUGCCAACCCAUCAACUGCCAAACUGGGAUCGACCGCACAGAGUGCCAGCGGGAAACCUGCGGCUUCUUCAAACAACCAGAAACCCGUGGGUUUGUCAGGGCUGGCGACUUCAAAGACAGGACUGGGGGCCAAAAUAGCUUCUGCCAACAACAGCACGAACCCCGUUCAGCUGAAGCCUCCCCCGCCGCUCACCCUGGGCAAGACGACGCUGAGCCGCUCGGUGAGCAGCGACAACGUGAGCAAGGCGGGGCUGCCCAGCCCCAGCGGCGCCGCGCCCGGCACCGGCGGCCCGGCCGGCGGCGGCAACGGCAGCGGCGGCUCCGCGGGCCCCGGCGCGGGCGGCGCCGGCAAAGGCGCGGCUGACACCGGCAGCCAGCCGGCAUCCCUCAAGGGCCCGACCUCGCAGGAGUCCCAGCUCAACGCCAUGAAGCGGCUACAGAUGGUCAAGAAGAAGGCUGCUCAAAAGAAGCUCAAGAAGUAGUCUGGCCGCUAGCUGAUGUUGUGUUUGUGAGACGACGGCGUUGGUGUUUUUCCUUAAAGGAAAUCCCCCAGGUACUGGACUGAAGGGGGUUAAAUCAGGGAAGCCCAAACCUUAUGUAAUACAGAAGGUCGAACUUUAAUAAUUCUGGUAUUCCUUCUGCCUUUCCAGAUCUGUGAAUUGAAUAUGUUAGAGGAAUUCAUUAUUACAUGAAACUUGAAAUUGUAGAUGUCGGGUCUUUUUUAAUAUUAAAACCCCCACAUUUGUGUAGAUACUUAAUAAAUUGAACUUGCUGAAACCAUCAUUCUUAAAUGUUAAUAAUAAAAAGAUUAUUAAUCUGGGAA